AUGGUGGAUGAUCAAGGAGUAACCAUUCAGCUCUCAGAAAAACCAGAGGCGGAUUAUGGGAAUGGAAAGACUUAUGGGAGUGGUAAGCAAAUUAAGGUCAUAAGAACUCCUGAACUAUAUGACUUCUACAGGUAUACUCAUAAGGUUUCUAAUGGAAGCCAGUUUACACUCUUAGAAGUUAAAGGUGAUAGUAGUAAAAGAAUAAAUGGAAUUAAUGAAUACGGUAAACCGGUAACUUCAGUUGAAGCCUAUUACUGGAAACAUGAAAAAACCAACGGUAGUCCGCCCACAAAGGUUCUCUUGAUAGGAGUCACCACCAGCACAGGAACUACCUAUCAUAAGAAUACUAGUGGCAAAGAUUGGGUUGAACAUCAUCUCCAAAAUGAUCUCGAGAAAACUCUGGACGAACAAAACUGUUACAACAACAACGCCAUAACCUUAGAUCUUUCCAAAGAUGCAUACGGGACAGGAGACAAGUAUUGUUGUGACGGUCAUAAAGGUAGCAGUAGAAUCACUGUUGCUUCUAUACCAGUUAAUCAUAAACAUGUGGGCUCAAAGACUCUUAUGGCCUACAGCUAUACCAUUAGUAGUGAAAAAUUGGCAGCUAUAAAGCUCGCCGGUGGAAAGAAAAGGAAGACUAUAAAACUAGAUGGAUCAGAAUUUCCCAUGGAAGGUGUAGAAAGUGUCUCUGCACUAUACUCCAAUGGUAGUAAGGAACCUGUCUUGAUUUGUCUCAACAUGAAAGGUGACGAUAAAACUUCUGGAUGGUACAAAAGUAGUGGUGGAGAUACAUGGACAAAAGCUCCUGAACUCGGUGAUGUAAAACCAGAGGAGAUUCAGAAUAACUGUAAACAAUGGAAUGCACUUGUUGGUGAACUUAAGAAGCAUAGUGACAGUAACUUGCAAGAAUGUACUCUGGAGCCUCCUAAACAACCACCAGAAUUACAGGGCUCACAACAUUCUGAAGAAGAGGGAGAAAAUGAACAUGAAGAGGAAAAAGACAAGGUUCAAGAAGACUCUGCUCUUACAGUUGAGGAAGAGGUUCCAGCAUUUGACUUAUCUGACCAAGUUCCUGAUACAGAGUCUGAAACAAAGAUUCUUCUACAAGGUACUCCUGUGAUUAAAAUUCUCACUACAGAUACUUAA